UGCAAGUAUGCAAAUUUUACAGUGGUUUUCAAAGUUUUUCUCCGAAAUCUCGAAUAUCUGUCGGGCAAGCAAGAGUCGAACUCAGUUAUCUGGAAAAAAUAUAGGAUAAAAAGGGUUUGAUUCCCGAAAAUUUUAUGAAUUUUGUGAAUCCAUGAAGUCUUCUUCGUGUCUUGUAUCUCUUCUCACCGAUGACUUGCUAGUCAACAUUCUCGAUAAACUCUCCGGCGAUGACUCUGCCACCAAAUCAUUCCGCAGCGUCUGCAAGGCGUUUCAUCAAGCCGAGUCAGCUCACCGGACCUCCCUCAAAGUUCUCCGUCUUGAGUUUCUCCCAACUCUUCUAAAUAACUACACAAGCGUCGACACACUGGAUCUCUCUGAUUGUCCGCGUCUCGAUGACGGCAGCAUAGCAGCAUUGCUGGGCGGAGACACGAGCAUUGACUUGAGCUGGACGAGGAGGCUUAGGAGACUUGUGUUGAGCCGGUGUGUUGGGUUGAGAUGGGCGGGGCUGGAGUUGUUGCUUGGAUCAUGCACGCGGCUAGAGAGUCUGGAUUUUUCGAGUUGCGGUGGGUUCGGGGAUCGGGAGGCGGCGGUUGUGUCGUGUGUGGUGGGGCUGAAAGAAAUUGAGAUGGAUAGGUGUUUUGGAGUGAGUGAUUUUGGGUUGGCUAAAAUUGUUGUUGGUUGUGAAAGGCUGGAGAAAUUGAGCUUGAGAUGGUGUGAUGAGAUAAGUGAUUUGGGUAUUGAUCUUUUGUCGAAGAAGUGUGUUUUCUUGAAGCAUCUUGACAUUUCUUACACAAAGAUUGGCGGUGAAUCCAUCCGAUCAAUUAGUACUAUGCAGAGGUUGGAGGUGCUGGCUAUGGUGGGGUGUGGACUUUUGGAUGAUGUUGGAUUGCACCAUCUUCAAGAUGGUUGCCCUUCACUUCAGGUAAUUGAUAUAUCAAGGUGCAAUAAUGUGACUUCAUUAGGCUUAACCUCAGUCAUACGUGGACGUAAUAAUCUUCUGCAGCUCAGAGCAGGGCACUACUAUUUUGAGCUUUCAACUAUAGUAUUAAACUGCUUCAUGGGCUUGAAUAAUUUGCAAACAAUUAGGAUUGAUGGGGCUCAGGUAUCUGAGCAUGUCUUACAGAUAAUUGCCGGUAGCUGUAAAUCACUAGUUGAUAUCGGAUUUAGCAAAUGCAAAGGAGUGACAGACUUUGGCAUUCUACAACUUGUACUUGGAUGCUUUAGAUUGAAGAUACUUGAUCUAACAUGCUGUGAUAAACUUACCGAUCUAGCAAUAUCAGCUAUUGCGGAAUCAUGUAGAAACCUUCUGUGUCUUAAGAUAGAGUCUUGCAAUAUGUUGACGGAGAAAAGUUUUGGCUAUCUCGGAUCUUGCUGCUUCCUACUAGAGGAGCUUGAUGUAACAGAUUGCUCUGGUGUUAAUGAUGAAGGACUCAGACAUAUCUCAAAUUGUUCAAACCUUAAGUCCUUAAAGUUGGGACAUUGUAUUAAUAUUUCUGACAAAGGAUUGUCUAAUAUAGCUUCAAAGUGCUCAAAUAUGAUUGAACUCGAUCUAUACCGGUGCAAGGGUGUUGGAGAUGAGGGAUUAGCAGCAUUAGCUAUGGGUUGCAAAAAAUUGAAAAAGCUUAACUUGUCCUACUGCAUACAGAUUACUGACGAAGGUAUGCAGUGUAUAGGCUAUCUGAAGGAACUCUCAGAGUUAGAUAUGCGAAAUCUUUCAAAAGUCACAAGUGCCGGUUUUUCAUAUUUCGCAUCUGGAUGCAUGAAACUUGCUGAAUUGGAUAUGAAAAACUGUGACAAUAUUACGGAUUCAGGGUUUUUGGCUCUAUCCUGCCAUUCAAAAAAUUUGAUACAGAUUAAUCUAAGCUACUGCAGAAUUUCCGAUGUUGGUCUUUACAAGUUAAUGGGUAACUUGACAUGCCUGCAAGAUGCCAAGUUGUUGAAUUUAACUAAUGUCACUAUGAACGGGUUUGACCUUGCCCUCAGGGCAAGCUGUUUUCGUCUCAAAAAGGUUAAGAUGCUUGCUUUAGUUAGGUCUUAUAUUUCCAUGGAGACACUUAACUUCCUUCAGGCUAGGGGUUGCAAGAUUAAAUGGGAUUAGGUUCAUCUGUGUGCUAGAUGAUUUGUGCAAGAAAACAAUUGUUAGUGAGCUCUACAGAUUCAAUAAGUUUCCCGCCUCUCCAGGUGGCUCAUCCUUUGCUACCUCAUCAAGGGCUAUGUGGGUAGGCAGCAGCGUGAUUCAUUUGUGGAUUUGGAGGACGGAUUAAUCCCGUGAUACUUAACAAUGCAAGUUAUUGUGUCAAUAAUAUAAGACUGGCAAUGUUCAAUAGUAUCAUAUCUGGUAUUGAUUUUGGUUCCAUUGCAAAUUCUUACGCAGAUUCCCUUUACAAGUUGCCGUUGGAAGAUAAAACAAUCACUAUUCUUACCGGCAAUGUCUGGCAUCUCCCUUUUAGAGAUCACAGCCUUCUUCAGUAGUGGUACAAUAAAUUUGAUCUCACCUGUUCAUAUCUAGAAUCUGUCUAAUUGUACAGAUUCCUUACAUCGAGGCACGAUGAUGGCUCCAAGGUUAAAGUGGGCAAUCAGGUACUGGGCAGGUGUCCCUGGGUACAAACUCUGCAUCAAUUUACAUUUUUGAUGUCCACUAACCACUGCUAUAGAUGAAAAUUUAUUCAUUACCCGUACAAGCUCACCCUUCUGUUUCAGUAUAUUUUUUCUGGAUUGAUCAAAUUUUUGGUCUGUGUUCACAUCACAAUCUCCUCUGUUCAUCAAUGAGAGACUUUAAGUCACAUUCAUAGACGUUGUUGGACUCUUUCAUCAAAAACUUGAUGACAAAUCAAUCUAUUACAAUAUCAUAAUUCAUAUGUAGUGUACCGUGGCCACAUUGAGUACACUAUUGUUACACACUGGACGGCAAGAUCAUUGGAUGCAAGAAUCAAGAUUGUCGUGCAUAUGGGAAUUUUCGCAUAUUGCUGAAUGCCUGAAUGGGUACAGGCCAUUCCAUGCAGGACUAAAUUACACGAACCUUCUUGGCGAAUUACAGAUAUCUCCGUCUUCAGUGAGGGAGUAGGCUGUUUGGAUUCUGUAAUCUUGAACUUGAGCUCCCUUAUUGUUCAUUUUUAUGUGCCUGACUUGUGUAGCCACUUAAACAAAAAAUAAGAUGAAAAAAUCUUAAGAUGCUCCCACCAGUAUUUUAUUUUUGUAACACAUUUUCGCACCCAUUAUAUAAAUCUGUCUGUUUGAUAUUGC